AUCCCAGCCUGCGCUGCUGCUGCUCCGGAGAGAAUGAUGGGAUAGUGGCGGACACACAGCAGCGCUGCAGACACACGCACACUAACAUUAUUCGCGUUAUUCCCGCGCUCUGUCCGUCUAUAUGUGUGUUUGUGCGCGUGUGAGAGUGCGCGUGAGUGUGUGUGUGACACGAGGCCUGCGGCGUGCGCGUGUCUGCGUUCGUCUGCACUGUAAACACACUUACAAAAGUACUGUGGUAGUACCAUGGUGCAGUAUUAUCACCAGAAUCAGAAGUGAUUUACAUGGUGCUCCGGGGUUCCUCAAACACACCACGGUAUUACCAUGGUAAACGUGGAAACACAGGGUAGUACCAUGGUACUUUUUAGUGUGUCUUGCAGCAGCGCAAAUAUGGUGCUUUUAACUUAUUUUGACACUCAACUGGACCGUAUGUUGCUUAGCAACAGCAGCACCAGUGUCUGCUGGAUUUACUGUAGUCAACUUUGCGUUGCUAAGCAACGCCAAAAAGUUCGGUAGUUGACGCGGCCGUAAUUUCGCGGCAAAACAUCCACUGUACAAUGCAGCAAACACAGAAUAACUUUAAAAUUAAUCAGAUUUCUGUUGGUCAACAUGCCAAUUUCACCUGACCAGUAUUUCGCUUUAAACUCUCGAUUGUGUGUAUUUCGCCUGCGAAGAUUCGUUGAAUAACGGUAUAAGUGGCGUGUGAAAUCUAAACGCUUUACGCAUAAAGUGUUUGAAAUCACUUAACUUUUGUUUUAGUAAUUUUGUGCUUUCGUCAUGUUAUUAUUUAUUUUUAUUUUUUAAUUCUAUUAAGCUUUAUUUCAGUUAUUGUUUUCGCAUGUUUCACAUGUAUAAGUACAAUAAAAAAAAUGUAAUUAACAUCGACAUAAAUUAAGCAAAUACAACAAAUACUAAUAAAAAAUAAAUAAUUUUAUUUUUUUUGCAUUUUUGAUAAUGAGAAUUUGGGAGAAAAAUGUAAUCAUUAUCACUCAAAAUAAUGUCGCAAUUAUUGAUUUUAUUUAUUGCUUUAUAAAUACUGCCAUGAUCAACAAAAUGCAAUUUUUAUAAUAAUUAAUUUUAUGCAAUGCAUUUAUGAGAAUUUGGGAGGAAAAUCAGCUUCGUUAGCAUUAAAACAAUGUUGCAAUACCAGGAAUCUUGAACCUAAUGAACCUAAAAUGCUAAAUAUAAAUUAAGCCACGGCAAAAAUGCACAGUAGUAAAUAUCCACUGUACGUGAAGUGCCACUUGCACAGAAUCACUAAAACCAAGCAGGUUUCUGUCGGUCAACGCAAUGCAUUCUCAUGACCAACAUUUUGCCCACGACAGUUCCCCGAAUAACGGCUGCAGUGAGAUGAUGGAGGGUUUGGGGCUUCAGGCCGUGGCUCUGAGCGACGGAUCCACGGCUUACAUACAGCAGACCAUCAGCGAUACGAGUCUAAUGGAGGGAAACACGGUUCAGCUGGAGGACGGGACCACGGCGUUCAUUCAGCACGUCAGCAUCCAGCAGAAAGAGUCGCUGGCGUUUGAGGACGGUCAGGCGGUGCAGUUGGAGGAUGGGACCACGGCCUUCAUUCACCACACACCUAAAGACGGCUUCGACCCCGGCGCCGUGGAGGCCGUUCAGCUGGAGGACGGCAGCACGGCGUACAUCCACCACCAGACGGGCGGCGCUGUGGAGCUAAACGCCGAGGCCAUCGCUACGCUGGAGAGCUACGCUAGCAAGCUGACGGGGUCAGAGGUCGAGGUCGAUGAAAACAUCGAGAACACAAAUGGAGUGGAGCAGACCAGCAUACAGCUGAUGUUUGAGGAGGUCUGGAGCUCUGGUAAAGUCCAGCAGGCCGGAGAGAAGAGUUUCCGCUGUGGACACACGGGCUGCGGCCGAUAUUACACCACAGCACACCAUCUGAAGGUGCACGAGCGCUCGCACACGGGUGACCGUCCGUACCGAUGCGAAGUACCGUCCUGCGCUAAAGCCUUCGCCACCGGGUACGGGCUCAAGAGCCACCUGCGCACGCACACGGGCGAAAAACCCUACAAAUGCCCCGAGGACAUGUGCUACAAAGCCUUCAAAACGUCCGGAGACCUGCAGAAGCACGUGCGCACACACACUGGCGAGAAGCCGUUUAAGUGUCCGUUUGAGGGCUGCGGACGCUCCUUCACCACCUCCAACAUUCGUAAGGUUCAUACGCGAACGCACACAGGCGAGCGGCCAUACUUGUGUCCGGAGCAGUCCUGUGGAAGAGCCUUCGCCAGCGCAACCAACUACAAGAACCACAUGAGGAUACACACCGGUGAGAAGCCGUAUCUGUGUACGGUUCCCGGCUGUGGGAAGAGUUUCACGGAGUACUCCAGUCUUUAUAAGCAUCACGUGGUUCACACGCACUGUAAGCCGUACACCUGCAGCCACUGCGGGAAGACCUACAGACAGACGUCCACGCUGGCCAUGCACAAGCGCACCGCGCACGGAGACUUCGACACCGUGGAGGACGCCGACGCAGAGGUUUUCGAGGCGUCGCCGCAGGACGCCGAGCAGAGCGAAUGUGAUGCCAAAGUCACCAUGGAAACCGACGACAUCAUCAGCUCACACCUGCAGGUGCUCGGCACGGCCGUCACCAUGGUGACCCAGGACGGAACCACCGGCGGGCAGCAGGUCACCAUGGUUACGGAUGGCAAAGAGCUGCAGCCGGUUGCCAUAGUAACAUCAAACGGCAUCAUGACUGAAGUGAAUGCGUCGCCGUACCAGCAGGUAGCGCUGCUAGCAACAGAAAAUGGCACACAGAUCGCAGUACAGUUAGAAGAUCAGCAGACGUUAGAGGAAGCGAUCACCAUGGCAACAGCAGCGAUUCAGCACAGCGGACUGACCUCAGAUCAGUGACAGCUGAAAAUCACGUAUAGACGCCUCACUUUUUUUUCUUUUUCUUUUUUUUACGUUUAGCGUGUAUGAGAGUAAGACAUGUUUCUGCAGUCUUAAAGGGUCUUUUUUACCUGCUUUGAGCCAGUAGAAGUGAAACAAUAUGAAAAUAAAAAUGUAUAUUUGUUAAUAAAUAUGCUUUAUCCAGUAACUCUUUGUGAAAUGUGUUUUUUGAAUUAUUAAAUGGUCUACUCUUCAAACGAGAGACGCGACGAAAACCAAAACGUGAAAAAAUGACGAAUCUGUUUAAAGGCAGUUGAACCGCUGAUCGAUCCAAACAGGGGCAUAUUUGCUUGUCAUUUAAUCGUAUUUUGCAGAAUAUUCUUAUUAAAAUAUUUAUUUUCU